CCAUCAGCGAGUCACACGUCGAAUAUUCGCCCAGCACGACGGAGUGUGCUUAAUCUCCCGCCUUGUCAUAGCCACAGAACUGCUCUAUUGCUAGAACCCUCGAGGGGAGCCAGAUACGCAAAGCGUUCCGCUUGUAGUGAGUCGAUCGCGCUCCAAACUGGAGGACCUUGCUCCCAGCUCCAGAUUCCAAACAACCUGACCGGGUUUUCACAUUUCAUUUGAUUGGCUUAAGUGCUCUCAGCUAAGACAAGCAUGGGUGAAACGAUAACAAAAAGAGACCUGAGGUUUGGAUACCGGUUCGUCGUGUUGACCAUUGUCGUAAUUACACUUUUCGGAAAAGCUUCGGGGUUGAACUGUUACCAAUGCAAUGGGUUUAUGACCAACGAGGAAUGCAACAAACCUGAAAACCUGAAACCCUGCAAAGAUGAAGAUGCCCUUGUUUACGACGUGUGCGAAAGUCUUGUGAAAAUCGUUGGAAACCAAAAACAAAUAACUAAAGUGUGCGCCAAAGGUCCUUGCGUUUUGGAGACGAAAAAUCAGAACUCUGCCCUGAACACGGCAGAAGAGUGUGUUGGGGACGAAUGUCGGUUCUGCUGCUCUGAGGAUGGCUGCAACACGUCAUCCGCCACACCCAUCAAGCGCACGGUCAUGCCCACUGCGAUCGUUGCAGUUCUUGCGCUGUGUCUCCGGCUGUUGUUAUAGAGUA